AUGAAUUCAGAGUCACGAGAGGAUAUGGCUAUAAAUAGUAUCAAAUUGCUAGCGGGAAACUCCCAUCCUGAUUUGGCAGAACUAAUAUCAAAAAAGUUAGGUAUUCCACUUUCCAAAGUUGGUGUGUACCAGUAUUCCAAUAAAGAAACUUCCGUCACCAUAGGUGAAAGCCUUCGUGACGAAGAUGUUUAUAUUAUCCAAACUGGAAUAGGUGAGCAAGAAAUUAAUGAUUUCUUGAUGGAAUUAUUGAUUUUAAUUCAUGCUUGCAAAAUUGCAUCCGCAAGAAAGAUCACUACUGUAAUACCCAAUUUCCCAUAUGCAAGACAAGACAAAAAAGACAAAUCCCGUGCUCCCAUCACAGCAAAAUUGGUUGCCAACUUAUUACAAACUGCUGGUGCCGAUCAUGUCAUCACCAUGGACCUCCAUGCCUCCCAGAUUCAAGGGUUCUUCCACAUUCCGGUCGACAACCUAUAUGCAGAACCAAGUGUUUUGAAUUAUAUUAGAACGAAAACGGACUUCGACAAUGCUAUUUUGGUGUCACCUGAUGCCGGUGGCGCUAAGAGAGUGGCUGCUUUGGCUGACAAGCUAGAUUUAAAUUUCGCUUUGAUUCACAAAGAAAGACAGAAAGCAAACGAAGUUUCUAAAAUGGUGCUUGUUGGUGAUGUUACCAAUAAAUCAUGUUUAUUGGUUGAUGAUAUGGCUGAUACUUGUGGUACGUUGGUAAAAGCAUGUGAUACGUUGAUGGAGCAUGGUGCCAAAGAAGUUAUAGCUAUUGUUACACACGGUAUAUUCUCCGGUUCAGCAAGAGAAAAGCUGAGAAAUAGUAGAUUGUCUAGAAUUGUCUGCACAAAUACCGUUCCGGUGGAUUUGGAUUUACCAAUCGCUGAUCAAAUUGAUAUCAGUCCUACCUUUGCUGAAGCUAUAAGAAGAUUACACAAUGGUGAAUCUGUGUCGUAUUUGUUCACUCAUGCUCCAGUAUAG